CACAUCCAGCAUAGUACCCGUCUUUGUCUCUGCUGCCUCACAACCGCAGAAAGAAAUACUCACCUAUGCUUUACUUGACACUCAGAGCGAUUCGUCCUUUAUUUUAGAAGAUUUGGUCUCUGAAUUGAAUGUUGAUUCUGAGCCAGUUCAACUAAAAUUAAGUACAAUGACCUCUGUUGACACUGUGGUAGCAAGCAAACUUGCUUGAAACCUACUGGUGCGUGGUUUUGACUCUGACAACCACAUUAAAAUAGAUCGAGCUUACUCUCAAGAGUUCAUUCCAGUUGACAAGUCACACAUUCCUACCAGAGAAACUGCGCUUCAGUGGCCACACCUAAAGGCUCUGGCUAAUGAAAUGAAGCCACUCCAAGAUUGUGAUGUGGGGUUGUUAAUUGGCUAUGACUGCCCAUCAGCUCUAGCGCCCUUAGAGGUAGUAACUGGUAAUGUUAACGAGCCAUUCGCCCAAAGAACCAUCCUGGGCUGGAGUGUAAUUGGGUCAGCAAAUCCCCACUUAGACAGACGAAGCAACCAGAGCUAUGUGCAUCGAAUCACAGUAAAGGAAAUGCCCACACCAUCAGCUGCUGAUGUGCUCAAGACCUUGGAGUCAGACUUUAAUGAGAGAGACUAUGAGAACAAGUACGUUUCUCAAGAUGACGUUCGCUUCAUACAACUUCUGAGUGACACAAUAGUGCAAAGGCCAGAUGGGCACUAUGAGAUGCCCCUCCCUUUCAAGGAUCACCUCCCACCAGAACUCCCAAAUAACAAGAAGCUAGCCACUGUCCGACUGCAACACCUUAAGAAAAAGUUAAAGGCUAACAAGCAGUACCAUGAACAUUACACAUCCUUUAUGAGAGACAUAAGUAAUGGUGAUGCAGAACUAGCACCUCCCGCAUCUGAAGGUGAAACUGUGUGGUACAUCCCACACCAUGGGGUGUACCACCCGAAAAAGCUC